UAUACUCAACAUUACAGCGUUCCAUUGAGAGAAUAUUUGGCACCAUAUCGGUCUAGUUUUUCCUCUUCCUUUUUUUUCUUUCCACUGAGAGAACACAUCAAAGGAGUAAGCAGGAGAGAGUCAUAGAAGUCAAAGAGGGAGGAAACAAGAGAAAGAUUCCAGAAAUAGUCCUUGAUGCCUCGGCAAGUUUAACAACUUUAUACAUUUUCCCUAUCCUCCUGCUUUGUGACCAUCAAAAGCUUGUUUUCCACCUCAUGCCUAAGGCACUUUCGCCGGACAAUGGACGAGCUGGUCCAUGAUUUGGUGUCAGCACUGGAGGAGAGCUCAGAGCAAGCUGCUCGUGGUGGAUUUGGGGAUGGAGGAGACCAUGCCUUGGCUGUAGGCUGCUUGCUGAAGAGACAGGCUCGGAAGCGCAGGGGUAGGAAACGUCGCUCAGACAACCCACAUCCACCCUGGGAGACGGGCCAUCUCAGUGAGGGCUCGGAGUCCAGUGUGGAAGAACAUAAGGACUACCGUGCCAGUGUAGGAGGUGUGUCUGCCACCAACAGUCAUGCCCGAGACAACAGUGACUCUGAUGAACAGCUCGGACCAAAAAGGAGAACACCUCUGGCAUCUGACAUGGGAAGAAGCAAGAGACCGCUAUGGACGGACGACCUCAGUGUUCUGGGAUCUGCAGAGGGAACUCGCAGUCUUAGACGGCGACGUAAGGUCAAACGUAUGGCUGUAGACCCACCUGUGGAACCAGAACCCUCCUCCUCGUCCUCCACCAUGCUCGGACCUCCACCUGUUCCUAAAGCCCGGAUUAGUGUAAGGCCUCAAAAACUUGGUUUGCUUGAGGACAGGGCAGCCAUGGACCUCUGUGAAGGGGGUCUGGAAGGAAAGAACAGGUUAAAAAAGAGGAAACUGGCCACCCAGAGACUAGGUUUGGAGGCUGCAGACGAAGGAGUGGUUGUUGAGAGCGAGGACCAUGUUUCCUCCCCAAUGGAAGGGUCUAAAGACAAAAUGGAGUUGGAGGAACACAAGGGCUCAGAUGAGGAAAUGAGUGACAGGUGUGAAACAAGCAGUGUCAGCAACAGCAGUGAUGGUGGCCUUUACACCAAUGAUGAGGGGAGACAAGCUGAUGAUGAGCAGAGUGAUUGGUUCUAUGAGGGUGAGCCGGGCUCCAGUACAGCACCUGGAGGUGCUUGUGGAAUAGCAGGAGUGGUUCCCUGGUGGGAGAGGGAGUCGGCGUCACAGGAGCUGGAGAUGGUUGAUCCAGUAUUCAACAGUAUUCUUACAGGAUCCUUUCCACUCAUGAGCCAUGCAGCACAGAGAGGUUUUCAAGCCAGACUGAGUCGCCUCCAUGCACACCAGCAGGUGACAGAAGCUGGCAGCUCCAACCCAGGUUUCAGUGAGAGACUGGGAAGACAAACCCAGGACUCCCAUGAGCCUUGGUAUAGUUCUGGUUCAAGAAGAGAUCACGGACAGCUGCACUGGGACCCACGGACAGACAGGGGGCAUCGGAGAAGCUGUUCGGUAAAAACAGCCAGCAGACAGACCAGCGGGCACCUGGGCUCGCUGUGUACAGGAGAUGUCAAGCGGCGGCGAAAAGCAGCACCUCUCGGUUCCACUGGCCCCUCAGGUGUUGUUGGUGAGAAUGCUCCUCCCAUCCCAGAUUCUAACUUGGGAAACCGCAUGUUGCAGGGCAUGGGCUGGAACCCAGGGAUGGGCCUAGGUCCGGAGGGCAGGGGUAUAACGGAGCCCGUCAGAGCCACGCAGAGACCCAAAGGUGCAGGUCUCGGUUUCAACUGAAUGCCCUUGUCCUGAAUCCUGAGAUCCUGCAGCGUCAUCAGGACCCUCUUGGAGCGACCUGGAGAUCAAAUGCUGCUCAGGGUGAUAAACAAAGUAAAACGAAAAGAACUCACAGAGUUACCUGGACAUAUGAGCCAACAAGCAUAAAGCAGUUAGGCCUGUCCUAACAACAGAGUCUGAGCUGGAAAAAGAAACUUUCCCAUAUUGGGGAAACUGCAAGAAGAUUGUGUUAAUCUACACAGACUUGGGAUGGAUUGACGAGGGCAAAUACUUCUUGCACACACAUCUUGUUAGUAAACUCCAUGUUGGAGGCUUAAAAAGAUAAUGAUGGCUUAUUGGUAGUAUGUUAAGCUGACAUGCAUUUUCAGUACUGUUACCUCACCAGCGUUGCACACUUCAGUAGAAGCGAAAGAAUAGGAGUUCAGCCCAGAUGACGGAGCUGUUUGUUUGCCGGUGGUAUUGUUUGGUUUCAGUAUUUGAAUGCAAGGGGUUUUCGAGUCAGCUUUACCUCAGAAUUUAUUUUAGAUUAAUUUUUAUUGCGAUGUGUGAGAGGAUGUGUUUUUCCCAUACAUUUUUAUCCUAUCGUUUCAUGGAGAAAGCCAUGUCAUCAAGAUUUUUUUAUCUACCCAAAACAGAUAAAUGUAAACAGAUAAAACUCUAACUCAUAACUUUAACAUUGCGUAUCACAGUGUGUAGCUGUUGAUACUGCUGGUCUUUGCGGACUUUUUUGACAUGUGACGGAAAGUCUAAAUCAUGAAUUACCCGUUGAUGUGUGUAGCUGAGACAAAUGAGUGUUUUGCAGACAACUUUUCAAAAUGACUGCCCCGGACACCCACACUGUAAAAAGGUAAAGUUCAGUGCUUCUUUAUUUUCCUCUAGCUUUUCAAAUUUCAGAGAAACUAAAAGAAAAGGUGCAAAAUUUGAAAAGUUUGUUGAAUACUGUAUUAAUCAUGGGUUUUUACUUAAUUUGUUAGGUUACUGGACUCACAAUUUUAGGACUGGCAGCAGAUGCAUUCUGAAAGUGACAUGUCAGUGCAAAUUAAAUGUGAUGAUGUGCAAAACACAAAUGUAAUUAAAGCAUCAGCGGAGGCACAGCAUGAA